CUCUCUACUCAACAUUGUCCCUUCUUCCUCUCCGUUUCUCUUGGCUCGAAUGCUCCUUGUUUCUCUGACUUUCGUUUCCUUCCUUCUUGGAUUUUCGCGGCUCUUUGGAAUGUGAUACUGCAGAUUAAGUUGUCGUUGAAGUAUUGAUUCAAGAUGAAUGAUGGUAGACCGAUGGAGCUGCAUUACAUCAACCCUGUUUUUCCAUAUACUACUACUGAAAGCUUCAUGGAGUUUUUCGACGGACCGCCAGUGGAUUAUGAUCACGCUGGACCAAUUCCUUAUCAGGAAUACUGGUCAAUGAACAUGAACCCUUACAAGUUUGGAUUGUCUGGUCCGGAUGGUGCAUCUUAUUAUGGUUCUUACGAAGAAGAUAAUAGUUUCCCUAGACUGGAGGUCGACAGGGGAGAGUGGGAAUAUCCUUUAACAACGACCACUGAGGAGCCCACCACAACAGGCUCUCCAUCCAGAGGGGACGGAGUGAAUGGGAUGCAGACCAUUACUGAACAAUCCAGCCCAAAUCGUCAUGAUUCCAGUAGUGCUCCGGUUAUAUGGCAAGACAACAUCGAUCCAGAUAAUAUGACUUAUGAGGAAUUACUGGACUUGGGUGAGGCAGUUGGAACUCAAAGCCGAGGUCUUUCUCAAGAACUUAUUGAUUUACUGCCGACCUCGAAGUUCAAAUUUGGAAACUUAUUUAAAAGAAAAAAUUUUGGGAAAAGGUGCGUUAUUUGUCAGAUGACGUAUAGAAGAGGUGACCAACAAAUAAAAUUACCCUGCCGGCAUGUUUACCAUGGCGAAUGCAUCAGUAAAUGGCUUAGCAUUAACAAGAAAUGCCCAGUUUGCAGCGUUGAGGUAUUUGGUGUGGAAUCAACACAGUAGCAUAAACUUGGGGAAAAUAUCAUAGAAUUUCCGAGUUUUCUUUGUUCUAUUAAUUAAUAUAUAUUUUUUUAAUCCUCUGUUUUAGCGGUUUGUUUUGCGGUUUGAAUUUUUCACAGGUAGGUAGGCUAGGCUAGAAAGAACUCGGUGGUCUUAAUACGUGCUCUGUUUACUAAAUCAUAUUGUCGCAACUUUAAGUCGAUCACGUAGUUCAAGUUUAUAAUAUUCAGCAGCGCGGA